ACCCCGCGCCGGGGGCCGCUGAGGCCUCACGUUGUCAUGGAUGAUGAAGACGGGCGGUGCCUGUUAGACGUCAUCUGCGAUCCGCAGGCCCUGAACGAUUUCCUCCAUGGAUCCGAGAAGAUUGACAGCGAUGAUCUCCUGGACAACUCCGGCGACGCCGCCAGCGCCUUCUUCGAGGGGGCCGGGCUCCACGGCCAGGAGGCCUCGGGGAACCCUCUGAGCUCGGAGCCCAGCGCGCCGCCGGCCAGCGUGGACCUGGACUUCCUGGAGGAUGACAUCCUGGGCUCGCCGGGCGGCGCCGGCGCGGGCGCCGAGCAGCCGUGCGACAUCCUGCAGCAGAGCCUGCAGGAGGCCAACAUCACCGAGCAGACGCUGGAGGCCGAGGCCGAGCUGGACCUGGGCUCCUUCCAGCUGCCGGCGCUGCAGCCGGUGGUGCAGGCGGCCGACGGGACGCCGCAGAUCUUCUCGGGCGGCGCCGACCUGCUGGGGCUGCAGCCGCCGGCCGUGCUGGCGGCGCCCCAAGCCUUGGUGCAGCCGCCGGCCGACGUGGUGAACAAAGCCAUCAGCGUGCAGCCCUUCCUGCAGCAGGUGGGGCUGGGCAACGUCACCAUCCAGCCGCUGCCCAACCUGCCCGGCCUGCCCAACGGCAGCCCCGGCGGCGCGCUGGGACUCGGCCCCAUCCAGGUGGUGGGCCAGCAGGUGAUGGCCAUCAACCAGCCGGCGGCGCCGCAGCUGCUGGCCAAGCCGGCGCCGGUGGCGGCCGUGGGCGGGUACAUCGCCCAACCGGAAGCGGCGACAGCACAAGGGGCGGGAUUGGUGAUCCAGAAAAGCCUCCCGGCCGUGGCCGCCACCACCACGCUCAACGGCAGCUCCGUGUUCGGCGGCGUCUCGGCGGCGUCGGCGCAGCCGCUCACGGUCACCUCGGGCCUGGGCGGCUCCCUGGUGCCGGCGCCCAACGUCAUCAUCCACCGCACGCCCACGCCCAUCCAGCCCAAGCCGGCCGGCGUGCUGCAGCAGAAGCUCUACCAGAUCUCGCCCAAGCCCUUUGCCACCAGCGGGGCGCUGGCGCUGCCCGAGGCGCCGGCAAAGGCGCAGCAGAACCUGACCUUCAUGGCCGGCAAGGCCGCGCCCAACGUGGUGCUCCAGGGCUUCCCGCCCAACGUCUUCAAGCCGCCGCAGCCGCCGCAGCCGCCGGCGCUGGGCAAGGGCAUGAGCGUGCACGUGCUCAACCAGGGCGGCUCCAUCGUCAUCCCGGCGCAGCCCUUCCAGGGCCAGAACCAAUUCCUGCUGCCGGGCCAGCUGGCCGGCGCCUCGGCCGUGCCGUUACCGCAGCCGCUGUCGGCGCUGCCGGCCGGCGUCGGGGCCCCGUUGUUACCGGGGGCCGGCCAAGCUCACAUCAUCGCCGGUCAAGGCGCCGCCGGUGCCGCCACCGCGCAGCUCCUGGCCAACCCCGCGCUGCCGGCGCAGCUGCUCAACCAGAACCUGGCCGGGCAGCUCAACCUGGGCCCGGCGCACAUCCUGUCGGCGGCGCCCAUCCAGCUGCAGCCGGGCCAGCCGGCGCCCGCGCUUUUCCAGAUGCCGGUGUCGUUGGCCGGGCCCCUGCCCAGCCCCGGUUCGGCGGCGGCGGCAGCGGCGGCGCCCACGGUGAUCCAGGGUGUGACGCUGGCCAGCCCUGUGGCCGUGCUGGGCGAGGGUUUGGGCGCUGCCGUCAACGUCCCGGCGGCCGCCGGCAGCCCCGGUGCUGAGGCGGGAUCCGGUUCCGCUUCCGGUUCCGGUUCUGCUUCCGGUUCCGGUAGCGCCGCGCAGCCCACGGGGGCGGGGACGGGGGCGGGGACAGGGGCGGGGCCGGUGGCGCCAAGCCCCGCCCCCAGCCAGGCCCAGCCCAGCCCCGGCCUGGCCGCCAGCCCCGAGAAAAUCCUGCUGGGAACGACGGGCACGGCAACAACGGCAACGGCCGUGAUGGGGCAGGACGGCGUGCCCAUGUUCCUGCAGCAGGUGCCGCCGGCGCUGCUGCUGCAGCCGAAGCCGCCCCCGUCCAGCCCGGCCCCGUUCCCGCCCGCGGCCGCUCCGGUCCUGGUGCCGGCGGCCCCGGCAGCGCCCGGCCCGGCCGCAGGUGCCGCCGUUGCCGCCGCCGAGGCCCCGAAGCCGCCGCCGUUCUCAGGCCCCGCCCCCGGCCCAGGCCCCGCCCCCGGCCCCGCCCCCGGCAAGGCGGCCCCGCCCCCCGGGAAAGCGGCCCCGCCCCUCCCCCCCCCGCAGCCCGCCCAG